AUAAUGCACCAAUCAGACCCCCCCACCCCCCACGCCCUGUAUUCAUCAUUUACUUACCGUCAUUCUCUUCUUUCGCUGCUGUUCAAUACUUCACAGUCAAGUCAUCAUGAGUGCCAGGAAUGACUGCAAGUCUUACGUGGUUCAGAUGAAUGGAAACGUAGUCCACAACGGCAAACGAUUGAAUGGAAGCGGAGUCAACAAGAAGUCCGUCCACCACGUCAGCGUCCACGGGAGUCUUCAUCCACUCAAAUCCAAGAGCCGUAGAGAACGAUGGGAAGUGAAGCCGUCGAUCAUGGCCGACAACACCUUCAAUCCCAUACGAGCCAUUGUGGACGGGAUGAAACUCUCCCCGCAUCCCGAUAAAGCCAUGAUCGCCCUUUCUAUAGGGGAUCCAACCGUCUUUGGAAACCUUCCCACGGACGACGAAGUACUGAAAGCCAUGAAAGACGCCAUCGAUGCGCAACAAUACAACGGCUACGCUCCUUCUGUGGGAUACUUAAGGAGUAGACAAGCUGUGGCCAACUUUUAUAGCUGCCCCGAGGCCCCCCUGGAGGCAGAGGAUGUCAUUUUGACCAGCGGCUGUAGUCAGGCCAUCGACCUCGCUAUCAGUGUCCUGUGUAACCCCGGAGACAACAUCAUGGUGCCGCGUCCAGGCUUCUCCUUAUAUAAGACCUUGGCUGUGUCCCUGGGCAUCGAGGUCAGGCUGUACAACCUGCUGCCAGAGAAAUCCUGGGAGGUGGACCUGCAACACUUGGAGAGCUUGAUGGACGACAGGACAUCCUGCCUGAUCGUCACAAAUCCAUCCAACCCGUGCGGCUCUGUCUUCAGCAAGGACCACGUACAGAAGAUCCUGACAGUGGCCUCCAGAAACCACGUGCCGAUCCUGGCAGAUGAGAUCUACAGCAACAUGGUUUUCCCAGGUUGUGAAAGCCCGUCUCUGCCGUCCCUCAGCUGUGACGUUCCCAUUAUUUCUUGCGGCGGUUUGGCUAAACGCUGGCUUGUCCCCGGUUGGCGGUUGGGAUGGGUCCUGAUCCACGACAGGAACAACAUCUUUGGUUCUGAGAUCCGACAAGGCCUGGUCAAACUGAGCCAACGUAUUCUCGGAGCGUGUACCAUUGUCCAGGGGGCCCUGGAAGGAAUCCUCAACAACACACGCCAAAGCUUCUACGAGGACACAGUUCGAUUCCUCAAGUCCAACGCUGAGAUUUGCUUUAACGAGUUGUCCACAGUGCCGGGUUUGACCCCCAUCAUGCCGUCAGGAGCCAUGUACUUAAUGGUUGGGAUCGACAUGGAUAGCUUCCCGGAUUUCCACAACGACGUGGACUUCACUGAACAGCUGGUGACAGAGCAGUCCGUUUUCUGUCUGCCCGCCACGGCGUUUGAGUAUCCCAACUUCUUCCGCAUCGUGGUGACCGUCCCGGAGCAGAUGAUGGUGGAAGCGUGCAGUCGGAUCAGGGAGUUCUGCCAGCACCACUACCGGCCGGGUAGCCGUGACAGUAACGAUCUGGACCAAUGAUGCAGCAGCAGCGGCAGCAUUCCACGUUAUGGGAACGUUCCCAACGUACCGAGCAGGAAUCAAUGUUAGACUUUCCAAGGUGUAAAAUUAGACUUUGGAAAAUGGUUGUUAUCUUUGGAAUGGCUAAAGCUUCCAUGUAAAUAAUGUACGUGUAUGCACCUUAUACAACAACCUCUUGGUAUAUUUAUCUAAUUGUUGUACUUCUUUCAUAUAACUUUACUCUUUUAUUACUUUAGUAUCGCUAACGGUGCGUACUAGCUUCCGGACCGUUCCAAUGGCUGCGUCUCAUUUGGCGGGCUCGAGUACUUAAGACGCUUUCGAGUGCACUAGAAUGUUGCCUUCACAAUGCCGAGUGCGCAUUGAUUGACAUUUGUCACCAUAUUGCAACGUCGUGAAUGGGGAGAGAUCAACGAGUGGUUGCAAUUCAGCAAAAAAAGGAGAGAAAAAGAAGCGGCGAAAUGCAUGAUAGUACUUUCAGUCGCUAAAUACACAGUAUACUGAAGUGUACUGACGGAAGUAUUCCAUUUGAGACGCAGUCAGUGAGUGUGUAUCAUUGAACGUCACAAUCAGUGCAAGUAAUUAUGAAUAUUUUUAUUAAACAUGUCUUACUGAUCUUUUUAUCACUUUGGCCUAGAAAAUGUCUCCAUAAUUUUUUUUUACAUGAAUAAAACUAUAAUUCCCACAA